GAACGUCAGUUUGCGGUGUAAACUGUAAAUCGAUUGUUGAUUGUGAGUGUUCCAUCAGUGAUAUUUAUUCUAUCAUUGAUUUUUGAACCGUACUCAGUCUCUCCAGAUGUCAUUCGACGAGGAGCCGCUUGUGGUGGAGACAGUGUAUUUAUACGAGAAGGAAAAUGCCGAAGCCCAUCGCACCUUCAACUUCGAGAUGGUUCACCAGGACCCAGCGACUCCCGUCCUCCGACGUGGACAGCCUUUUAAUCUGGCCCUGAGAUUCAACCGCGAAUACGUAGACGAGACCGACAUCGUCCGGCUGCUCUUCAGCUUCGGUCCAAAUCCGAAUGUGCUGAGAGGUACCAGAGGAGUGAACACGGUGACCAACAACGAGGCCUACCUGACUGAUCUGGAGGCUUGGGGUGUGCGAUUGAUCGGUUCUCACGGGGAGGAUCUCUCCGUCGAGGUCAGGAGCCCGAUCGACAGUCCUGUCGGAGUGUGGCAAUUGAACGUGGAAACCAACACCCUUGGCAGGAAGAAGGCGCCGAAUACUUACAGCUACGACAAGGAUAUUUACCUGUUGUUUAAUCCGUGGAUGAAAGAGGAUCUGGUAUUUAUGGAGGACGAGCAAUUGCUCGACGAGUACAUUCUUAAUGACGUCGGGAAGAUCUGGGUAGGUCCAUGGGGUAGUUCUCGUGGCAGAGAAUGGGUCUUUGGACAAUUCGACGCGUGUGUCUUACCAGCUUGCCAGCUGUUGCUCGAGAGAUCCGGUAUCAAAGCGAUUUCCAGAGGCGACCCGGUCAAGAUGACCCGAGCAAUCUCGAGAAUCGUGAACUCCAACGAUGAUAAGGGCGUGAUAACCGGUCGCUGGGACGGCCAGUACGAGGACGGUACCGCGCCGGCUGGCUGGACCGGAAGUGUGCCUAUCCUGGAGCAAUUCUGGGAGACCGGCAACGAGGUCAAGUACGGUCAAUGUUGGGUCUUCGCUGGGGUCGUGACCACGGUGUGUCGCGCCCUGGGAAUCCCAUCGCGAGUGGUGUCCAACUUGGUGUCGGCUCACGAUGCCAAUGCCUCAUUGUCGGUGGACCGUUAUUACGAUCUGAACAACGAGGAACUCGAGUACGACCCCAACAACCCGAUGGGCGAGGACUCCAUCUGGAACUACCACGUAUGGAACGACGUGUGGAUGGCGAGGCCGGACCUGCCCAAGGGCUACGGAGGCUGGCAGGCCAUCGACGCCACUCCGCAGGAACAGUCGGAGAACUUUUAUCAGUGUGGACCGGCAUCGGUGGAGGCUAUUAGACAGGGUGCCGUUGGUUACAACUACGACGUGACCUUUAUGGUGGCGUCCGUCAACGCGGAUCUGAUGAGAUGGAAGGAGGAUCCGGAGAGCGAUCUGGGGUAUUCCAAGAUCGAUUGCAAUAAGUAUCACAUCGGCCGAAUGAUUUUGACAAAGGCCCCAUGGAUCUUCGAUCCCAACGGAGACAAGGAUAGACAGGAUAUAACAUUGCUCUACAAGGCCAAGGAAGGUACCGAGGUCGAGAGACUGACCUUGUACAGGGCGGUGCGCAGCACCGAGGUGGCGAAGAGGUUCUACUCGCUGCCUUCUCCAGGAAAAGAGGACGUGGAGUUCGAUCUCCUUGAGCUCGAACGUGUCAACAUCGGCGAACCAUUCGCUGUAAUAGUGAACAUCAAGAAUAAAUCCGACGAAAUACGCACUAUUCAGGCUAUCCUGUCCGCAGGCAGUGUUUAUUACACCGGAAUUAAAGCGAAUCUGGUGAAGAGAGCAUCUGGCGACUUCGAGCUUCAGCCGAACGCCGUCGAACAACUGAGACUCUCGGUGACGGUGAACGAUUACUUAGACAAGCUGGUGGAAUAUUGCAUCAUGAAGCUAUACUGUAUUGCCACGGUCAAGGAAACGCGACAAACCUGGGCGGACGAGGACGAUUUUCAGGUCUUAAAACCGAAUAUCGAUGUCAAGAUCGAAGGUGAACCAGUUGUGGGAGAACCAUCGACCAUCACGCUGAGCUUCAAGAAUCCCUUGAAGAGGAGUCUGACCAACUGUCAAUUCAAUUAUGCCGGACCCGGUCUCUCAAGGAACAAGACCCUGGCCUUCAGAGACGUCGACCCUGAAGAGGAUGUUUACGUGGAACAUCAGCUCGUGCCGCAAAAAUCUGGAGAGCAGAAGAUCAUCGCCACUUUCACCUCUAAGGAAUUGGUCGACAUCAUCGGUUGCGCAACUGUUGACGUCCUUGAGGCUGAAUGAAUGGUGAUCAAUCAACUCUGACCUUAAUUCAAAGCAAGUGCCAUGCUUAUUAUUAAGUGCGUAUUUUAUCAAAUCGCGAUAACGCGUAGAUAUUUUUGACUCCAUCUAGAUAUUAUGUUAUUUUUUACCAAAUCUAUCUUGUGUAAUUCGCAUGGAUCAAUUUCGAAUAUUACUGUAAUAUUAAUCAUUAAUUGAUAUAUCAAUAAUAGAUUAAUGAUAAGCGUCGAUGAAAAUAUUAUGUAAUGGAAAAGCCAAUGAAAAAUUAGUAUUUCAAAAGUAAGAAGCAUAAAAUAUAUAGUAGCAUUCCGAAAUAAAUAAAACAAUUUCCUAUA